GCAUUCCCCUGUAUUUCAACAGGAAUUUAUGGUUUUCCAAAUGAGCCAGCAGCUGUCAUUGCCCUUACCACUAUUAAGGAAUGGUUAAGCAAGAAUCACAACGAGGUGGAUCGGAUCAUCUUCUGUGUCUUUUUGGAGGUCGACUACAAAAUUUUCAAGAAGAAAAUGGGCGAGUUUUUCCCCAUAGAUGAUGAAAAUGAAGAGGAGACAGAGAUGAGUGAGGAUACAGAGGGACUGGAACAAAAAGGCCAGCCUCCAUCUCCAACAAAGUGCAAAUCAAAGCAAGUGGAAGACCUACGGGACGAUAAAGAGGAUGAUAAUGGCACAGAGGAGAAGCAGAGUACUGAAGAAACUGAAGGCCGGAGCCAAGAAGCAGAUGAGACAAUGCCUUCAGAUGUACUCAGCCAACCUUCAGAAGAAGAAAUAGAGAUGCAUUUGGACAAAGAGACUUCAAAAGAUUCCAAAGCCACACAAGAGAAUGACCCAGUACAUCGUGAAAUGUGUGAGCAAGAUGAAGCUGAAGAGCAACAGGAUGAUUCGUCAAAGGAUGAGAUGAAAACUGAUGCUGAUUCCCAAAGCUCCUGCAUGGAACUAGAAGAAUCUUUGUUGAGCCAAGAAGAUGCAGUAAAGGUGGAGAAACCUGCGAUUCCUGUAAUAGACGAAGAUAAAGAAGGAAACAAAAAAGAAAAAACAG